AUGGCUAAGGGGAAAAACAAGGGAAGUGACGAUAGACCUUCAAGACCGCCAAAGGGGUCUUCUGGGAAGCAUAGUAAACGAGGAGAAUCCAAGCACCAUGUGAGUUCUGAUAAGUUCCAUACAAAGCUAGCUAUGUGGGAUUUUGAUCACUGUGAUCCAAAACGUUGUAGUGGGAAAAAACUAGAAAGAUUAGGCUUGAUUAAAAGUUUAAGAGUUGGCCAAAAAUUUCAAGGUGUUGUUGUUUCUCCAAAUGGUAAAGGUGUGGUUUGCCCAAAUGAUAGAGAGAUUGUUGAGACAAAUGGUGCUGCAGUUGUUGAGUGCUCUUGGGCCAGAUUAGACGAAGUCCCAUUCAAUAAAAUAGGAGGGAAACACGAGAGACUCUUACCAUAUCUUGUUGCUGCUAAUCAGGUAAAUUACGGAAGGGCUUGGAAGCUUAACUGUGUUGAAGCCCUAGCAGCAUGUUUUGCCAUUGUUGGCCAUAUGGAUUGGGCUGCAGAGCUUUUAGAUCAUUUUUCUUGGGGUCCUGCAUUUUUGGAUAUUAAUAAAGAAAUCCUUGAACUAUACCAACAGUGUACAGACUCUGAAAGUGUUCAAAAAGUCCAAGAAGAAUGGUUAGAUAAAUUAGAGGAAGAAGUCAGACAAAGAAAAGAGCAUGGAGAUUCUGAAGACUUGUGGCUACAAGGAAAUACAAAUAGAGGUGAAGCACUACCCUCGCUAUCAGAUUCAGAAGAUGAAGAUGAAGAUGACGAAGAAGAGUAUCAGCUCAAGAAUGCUAAAUAUGAUAACCUUGGGAAUUUGAUAAUUGAUGAAGAAGAGGAAGAAGAAGAAAGUGAAGAGGAGGAAGAUAGUGAUGAAGAGAGUAUUCCUGAACUGACUGAGGUUGAGAAUCUCAAACUAUCAUGA